AUGGCCUCGAGCUUUGCUGAGGCACCUGCGUCUUUGCAAAGUCAAGCCUCUGAACCCCGCAAUACUCAACCUUCAGCCGGGAACAAGAACCAAUACACCCCGUCUUGCGGAACCGAUCCCUUCAACUUGUCGCACCGGCGAGACGAAGCCGUGUCUCCCGCCGUCGAGCAUACUGAGACACCUGCUGGUUCGAUUGCGACUGUGAGCCACUAUCAGUCCAGCGACUUUAGCGACCUCGACGACGACCCAUUCUUUGGUGCCGACUUCAACACCAUUGACCCGGCGACGCCUUCCUUUUUGGAUGAGGCCACAUGGGAUCAGACUACUUUCUCUGGGGACCAUCCUGCCAUAUCUGAGUCCCGUCAUGGGUCAGUAGACGGCUCUUCGUAUCCUCUGACGCCCACACAUACCGACUCUGUUCACACGACGCCACCUACAAGUGAUCGGACGGACCUUGGUACAGUCGCAGUUUCUGAGACAAUGCCCAACUCAAUCUCACCACAACAGCUCCGGCGACCCUUCAAGCCAAAUCCCAUCCUUGUCUGCUCAUCAACACUUACCCCAAGUCACAGCGGUAGUAAUCGGACAAGCGAGGACGGUCUUGCCCCGGCUCCUGCCGCCAAGUAUCCCCAGAGUCCAAGGGUGACCAUCUCAGUCUGGGACAAGGAUGAUGACGCUCCCAUCCAUACUGUUGAGCGUACGUUGGAAGAUAGUUCCGGAACGGUUCGCGGGGGCAUCUACUCCGCAGGUGACCUCAUAUCUACCGCUCAUGACCAAGAAUUCAUGACUGGUCACAGGGAUUCCUUGGAUCGCUGGGAGCAGGAGUCCGCAUCCAGACGAGCGGGGCUUGAUCCCAGCAGUCGUCCUUCUGACGAAAUACCCAGUAUUAAUGAAAUUGUCUCUCAAAGAAGAACCGACGAACGCAAUCGAGAAGUCGGGCGGUGGUUAUCAGAUAAUCCUGAUCAUAUGCCCGUUCCACUGGAGAAAUCUGCGGACGAAAUACGAGCCAUUGACCGCAUAACACACCAAGAUGAUGAGAUUCCUUUCGGACACCGCACUCAAAACCAGUUCAAGGAAGGGACGACUAUUCUUGGUGGCAGUGGAGGCGAGAUGUCCGAUGUGGAUCGAAAGAUUCUUCUGGCCGGUCGGAAUUUUGGAGACGCACCUGUACUCCAUGAAAUUCAAAUGGGCGAGCCUGGAAGAUUCCAACCGGAAUCAUCACAGGCCGCCAUUGCCAAGUUUGAGAGCAUGUGCCGGGACAAUGAUUCCAUCAUCUCGAGGUCUGCAACCUGGGGCACUCGUCGACGGAGCUUUCCAAGCGUUGUUGACGUUGAAGGUGUAACGAGCGGGAAUUUUCUGAAGAAGUUGUCUAUUAACCGCGGCAACGGAGAGAAGAUCAGCAGACCAGGUAGCUUCCUCAGGGACCUUCGCGGCCUUGUAAGACGCACCAGCGCCAACCAGCUUCGCAAGCGAUCCCGGAGUCGCUCUCGUGGUCGCUCCGACAGCCAGGCGGAGACACCAUUCCACGACGGAGCCGGACAGCAUAUCGAACGCGAGACAACACCGCACUUGUCGCCCCCGUUAGGAUCAGCUGGCAGCGGUAAGAAACAAACCCCUAGCAUUAAUACUACUCUGGCAUCCAUGGGCCAAAAUUUUGCAUCCAUAUGGACGGGUCAUGCUAGAAGUGGCUCUGUCAGUGGACCGUCCCCGAUGGGCUCACCCAGAGCAUCUCUCAAUAGUCUUAGCGUUAAGAAUUCACUGAGAAGACCUCGGAGUAAAUCUGAGAUUCCCAAGUCCACAGGUGGUGCACCCAACAUGGAAAGCACAUCAAGUCUCGUCGACAUGUGGCGCAAGUCUGGUGGCCCCCCAGUAGCUCCUGUCCGCAGAGUGAACCAAGUCCACGCUGCCGAUGACGACGACGACGACGACGACGAUGAGGAGCUCUAUGAAGAUAAUGAUAUGAAGGCGAACCCGAAUCUCAUUGACGAAAUCAUGCCAAACUUGGCUGGAUUUCAACAACAUGUGAUAACGUUGAACCCGGCAUUGGGUAACACACAUGGCUAUCUAGUGGAACGUAUUGCUCACCAGCAGGUUGCCAGAUACAAGUCGUUGCUCAACGCCAAAGUUAAGCACUUGGGCCUGGGCGCUAAUUGUCCUUGCGGCUCCUUGUGCAUGGCACUGGGCGGAUCCGCAAAUCUUCUCGACCAGAAGGGCGAUACCAAGGCGCCGGAUCCUUUAUCGGCUGGUAUAGAGGAGGAUGAGGGUAUGCCAACAGAGGGCACUAUCAAUCAAGAAAGCUUCCCGCAAGACAUUCCCAUGCCGCCCACUCAGUAUCUACCUGCCGAGUUCGAGUGUCAGCUUUGCUAUCAGAGCAAGAAGUUCCAGAAACCAUCCGACUGGACAAAGCAUGUGCACGAGGAUGUACAACCAUUUACGUGUACUUGGGACAAAUGCCGAGAUCCAAAAUCUUUCAAACGGAAAGCCGAUUGGGUUCGACAUGAGAAUGAAGGCCACAGACACUUGGAAUGGUGGACCUGCGAUGUAGACGAUUGUCGACACACCUGCUACCGCAGAGACAACUUUCUUCAACAUUUAGUGCGCGAACACAAGUUCUUGGAGCCUAAGGUGAAGACGAAAGCUGCCAUGAAGCGUGCCGGAGGAAUGGAUCCAACAUGGCACAAGGUCGAACAGUGUCAUAUUGAGACUACAGGUCGACCACAGGAUGAGCCAUGCCGAUUCUGUGGAAAAAAUUUUCCAACUUGGAAGAAGCUGACAGUUCACUUGGCCAAGCACAUGGAGCAGAUUUCCCUCCCGGUCCUGCGGUUGGUAGCCACCAAGGCAAAGGAAUUGGCUGCAGACACCAUUAUCAGUCCAAUUCAGGACCCUCCGCCAAGACAAACAAUUCCUUUGCCCAUCACGCAAGCUGCAACUCCAAUCCAGUUCCCUGGUGGACAACAGAUGCCGCAACAAUCAGCGCAGAAGCAGUCACGGCAUAGCUACAGCCACCAGAAUUUGGGAUUUCAGUCAUCAAGCUCCUACAUGUACCCUGUUAUGCCCGCUGGACAAUUCCACCAACAACAGCUCUACGCACCACAGUUUGAAAAUAUUGGACCGAGCCUUCAGUCUAAUAUGGGUGUUGGGCAAACGAAUCAGGGUUAUUAUACGGGCCAGCGAUUGCAAAACAUGCAGGGAAACCGAAGCGGAAGUUACUUGCCAUCCAACAACAACUUCAUGACCAUGUCGGAUAACGAUGUAGAGUCGUUCCCACAGCUGAGCAUGAAUGCACUUGGACUGCAAAACGUCGGAGAUGUGCAGCUAGGAGGCCAGUUUGGUGGGCAGAUGAACUUCGACCCCAUGGUGGACCCAGCCAGCGUGAACGGGAGUCCCUUUAGUGGUCAUGAGUCGUUGUCGACAUAUUCUCACUCGCCACACAUGAACGCGUCAGCCUAUAACCAAGACCAGCGUCAUAAUCAGCAGCAGCAGCAACAACCACAACAGCAUUGGGACGAGCGGCCGCUUUUUCUCUAA